GAGAGGGGGAGUGGGGAGUGUUUACGGCCACGCUGAACUCAAACACCUCCCGGCGCCGGCGAGAUCGUGACCACCUGCACGCCCACAGCCGCGGUGGAAGGGUGAGACAGAGGGAGGAAGAAGCGCGCGCGAGAGAGAGAGGGGUUGGGAGAAGAGCAUCACCACUACGGAGAGAGAGAUGGCGGAGUGCGGGCGGAAGGCGCUGUCUCUCCUGGAAGCGGCCCGCUCCCGCUACGAGAGCCUGCAGAUAUCCGACGACGUGUUCGGCGAGUCCGGCGACGACAGCAGCGACAAUCCCUUCUACAGCACCUCCGGGGACUCGGACUCGGACAACUGCAUGGCUGAGGACGAGCAGCUGCAGCAGCAGCACAAACGGGGCGAUAAGGAGGGCAGCGGCCACCGCGGGGGGUCCGGAGCCGGUCCCCCGGGCUCUCUGUCCCGUAGUCAGGCAGAGGAGGAGGGCUGGACGGAGACUCUGCAGGACGUCACGGUGCCGCCGUUCAAAGAGACGUACGGUCCUGCUCAGAAGAUGCCGGCCUCCUCCACAGCUUUGGACUUCUUCCAGCUGUUCGUCCCCGACAACUGCAUCCAGAACAUGGUCACCCAGACCAACAUGUACGCCAAGAAGUUCCAGGAGCGCUUCGGCUCAGACGAAGGCUGGCGUCCCGUCACGGCCCAGGAGAUGAAAGCCUUCCUGGGCUUUGUCACCUCCACCAGCGUGCAACGCUGCGAGUCGGUGCUCAGCAUCUGGAGCUCGGGCUUUUUCAGCAACCGGAGCAUCGCCUUGAAGAUGAGCCAGGCGCGCUUCGAAAAGAUCCUCAAGUACUUCCACAUCGUGGCCUUCCGGCCGUCACAAGGGAGCAACCAGGGCCUGUACAAGAUCCAGCCCUUCCUGGACCUGCUGCAGCAGUCGUUCAGCUGCACCUUCAAACCUUCACAGACGCAGGUUCUUCAUGAGCCAUUUAUAGACGAGGAUCCGGUCUUCAUCACCACCUGCAUGGAGAGAGAGCUGAGGAAGAGGAAGAAGAGGAAGUUCAGCCUGUGGGUGCGACAGUGCACCUCCACGGGAUUCAUCUGCCAGAUCUCAGUCCAUCUGAAGGAGGGCACGGAUGCUCUGGCCACCUUGAAGAACAAGCCUCAGCUCCACAGCCUCGUGGCCAAGCAGCUCUGCCAGAACAUAUCUGGCAAGAAUACCAUCGUCUUCACCGGGCCGUCCAUAACGAGCCUCAGCCUCUUCACCGAGUUCAGCAAACAAGAUAUCUACUGCUGUGGUUUGCUGAGCACCAGGAAGAGCGACUGUACGGGUUUACCACAAAACAUGCUGGUCUGCAGCUCCACACCGGCGCAGCGCGGCCAAUCGCGCGUAAUGAUGAAGGGCAGCAUGUCCCUGAUCAGCUGGUACAACAAGGGACACUUCCGGUUCCUCACCAACGGUUAUUCCCCAACCAAACAAGGUAUCAUCAUUAAGAGGAAAAGUGGGGAGAUCCCUUGUCCUUUGGCCGUCGAGGCCUUUGCGGCGCACCUCAGCUACAUCUGCAAAUACGACGACAAGUACAGCAAGUACUUUAUUUUCCAUAAACCCAACAAGACCUGGCAGCAGGUGUUCUGGUUGAGCAUCAGCAUCGCCAUCAACAACGCGUACAUCCUCUACAAGAUGUCCGACGCUUACACGGUCAAACGGUACAGCCGGGCGCAGUUUGGAGAGAGACUGGUCAAAGAGCUGCUGGACCUAGACGACUGCUCCCCCACACAGUGAGGACGAGGAGGAAGAGGAGGAGGAGGAGGAGGACAGUCAGACCGCGAAACCUAACACACACACACACAAUUUUCACAGAUUUACACUUCAUUACGAUUGUACAGCGACUGCCGUCUGUGUGUAUGUGAUUGUGCUGAAGCAGUGGCAGGCCUGUGUCGCUCCCCCUCUAGUUGUUUUCUGUGCUUCUGUAGAUGUCCGUUAACACACGACCGCAUUCUACACACUAGAGAAUCACGAGGCCGCUCACAUGGCCUCAACCGCACCUUCUAACCACGUAGAUUUACUAAGGAUUCGUCAGCAGGGGCCAUUUCACAAGCAGGACAACGAAACGCAGGACACAUUUCACCGGUAAAACGAUGUCCGCGUCAAGUCUUGGACGCCAAUCAAAGAGCCGCGGUGUGUCGCCUGAAUCUGGGUGUUAAAACUUGUACUCGUCGGGCUAAAAGGCGACACGUAGCUCGACAUUUACGCCGUGCUAAAACAAGCCCGUGAGCCUGUGACAAAAGUGCCGCAAACCGGGACGACCCGGUGUGGUUCACACGCUGCAUGCAUGAAGAAUCUGGAUCGUGGUAUUUUCUUUGUUUGGUGUGAAAAUGAUUUUUGCUCCAGGUGUGGUUUUGCAAAUGUGUGUGUCUGUGUGUGUGUGUGUCUGUGUGCAUGUGUUAAGAAGUAGAACUGCCAUUUGCGACUGCGACAUUGAGCCUGAGGACAUAGACGUGCGGCUAUUGUGACCCAGAAGUGUCGUGUUGCUGCAGACUGUAAUCACCAGAGGGAGACUGUCAGGUGACGUAAAGCCUCACGCAGCAGUGUGCCAACGACCUGCAGCGCCAAGGAGACGACAAUGACCAGACAGAUGGCAAAAGGCAACCGUUAAAGUUAGGUUGAAAUGACAUCAUUAGUUUUCAUUUAUUAAGACUUCUUCAAAACAUUUAAAAGACACUGUGGGAUUUAUUUAAUCAGAUUUAACUGAAAGCAUAAAACAGGUUAACUUCAAUUCAAAAUUAGUAAGAAGAAGUAGUGAGAAGAACACAGGAAAAAAAGUACACAUUUCUCAUAUUGGAUCACAUCGCUCACAAUAGGAAGCUCAUUGAGAAAAUAGGUUUUCAGUCUUUGAAAAAAGAAAAAAAAAUGGGACAAUAAAUGCAAUUAAAUAUGCAACCUGUUUUGGUACCAGCACCCAAAGCUGAAUAAACUAAUCUUUUCUAUUUUAGUACUCGUGUAGCUAGCUGUACUUUGCAGGCCACAACCAGUUGAAAAGCUCCUCCGUUGAGUGGUCGGUAGCCGGUGUAAUAUUGAGAGCAGGCUGGCAGGAGAUUGGAAUAAUAUCACAUGACCAUAUUUGGUAAAAGAAGCAAAAGCGCACAAAUCCUGUGAGAACGUCUCGUUUGAAAAAGUCUCUCGCUUCGAUUUUAGACCUUUCUCCCAGCCGAGUGUGAGCGAAGAAUGAGUGUUUAUUAAAAAGAACACCUGUCUUCAGGCGACGAAACCACACUGCUGUCUGUAGCUUAAUAAGGAUUUACCGAGUCCACGUUGCUUUGCUUAACACGUGACCGCCACGCUGGAACAACGACCCGCUGCUUUAAGUGGAAGGCUUUGGUGUGUGUGUGUGUGUGUGUGUCUGUGUGCUUUGCUCAAUCAGCGAGGUUUGAUCCGUGGACACAUGUGGUGGGGAGGGACGGGGACGGGACGGGGGCUUUGCGCGGGUACAGCUGGUUUGUGGAGUGAUUUGGUGGCAGGACUCAUGCACUUUCUCUUAUCACAGUCUUGCACUUUGAGGAGCUGUUGAGUUGGUAAUAUGUUUACUAGAUAUGUCCUUUUUGCUUUUGAACCCAAUCAAAAACAUGUGGGAAUAAAUGAAUAAAUUCUGUAAAAAUACGUAGAUUAAGUGAAAAAAAUGCCAAUGAAAUAAGAGGUAAAAGUGAUGUCUAUAACCAAAACAGAAAAGAUUUCCACUGUAGAUUUAGACUUCAAAGUAAAGUACGUAUGUGUAUAUUCUGUUUACAAAUGACUGCACUGAGUAUAUGUCCAUAAUCACUGUCACUGAGACUCAAGAUUGUGAUCUUUUUUUUUUUUUACUUGUUCACUAAUCCAAAGCAUUGUUGUUCUCAUUGUGGCACGAAAUGUGUUUUGUUAAUCUUCACCGCAAAGCAGCAAUGUCAUCGUGUCAUGUAGUUGUCAACGCGUGAUAUUAAUGUUGAAUACUUACUAAUUACUCACACAUCUGAUGUCAAUUCAAAUUAGUUCAUAACCCUGUAACCAUUCUGGAUAUUCGCCUCAUUUAUUUUCCCCAGAUGUUUUGUCUAAUCCCGCCCUGCUGCGCCGUGAUUGGUGAAUAAUCAACAGGCUUUCCUACGCUUUGAGAAAGGAGGAAGGAACAAUUAUGUUGUUCAAUCACACUCGUGGGAUCGCUAGUUAGCUAGCUGGCUACUUUCCUCUUGCUUUCUCGAUGCCAAUUUCUUCACCACCUCAAAAGGCCUUGAUGCACGCGUCUGUACGCGUAACUCGUGCUGUGGGCCGAGGAUUCAAUCAUCACUGAAGCAGAAAAAUACAGGCCAGGUUAAAAAAAAUAACCCUUACACUGCCUGACAAAAUUGGGACGCACAUAUUGCAUCCAAGUUUUUUAUGCUGUGCUGACGUCGCUCGGCUCAGAGCAGAAAGGAUGCACCAGGGACUGUGCCGGGCCGUAGUUACUUGGCAACCAGUUGUAUAUGAAUGUGAGAGAAAGAAAAAAGAGGUAAUAUUUGAAGUUCUCUGCCCAUAUUAUAAAAUUGCUCUGCUCCCAACUGCAGACUGAGGGCUGGGCGGCUUCGUGUCGUCUCCUUUUCAUUAUCAAUCAGGAGAGAAAACCCCAGCAUCCUCCCCCGAUAACGUUGUUCUUCAUUCAUUUCAAACUCCCACGUAAUUUUAAACUCUCAGGUUAAUACCUGAAAGGAUUAUUCUGUCCAGCCGGCUCUGUUGACCAGCCGAUGAGUCGGAUAUUUCUAUAGUGCCUUUUUCCGUAAGAGGUUCAGUGUUAAUGUCCUGAAAUAGUUGAUGUGCAGGUUAGAUUUGAAGAAAAAAAAUGAAAUCAAUAUGGUAAAAUUUCAGUCCUGCAUGGUGUGAAUAAUAGAAACUAGGGAAAUACAUCUCUCACCGUAUCACAGUAGAGUUUAGAAAAUAUUUCAUGCAGCCCUAUGACCUUUUUGCUAUAAUGUUAAUAAGUAAUAUUUCACAUGAGUGGUGUCACUGGAGUCAACGCGACUCUUCAAUAUGAUAUUUUAACACAUCUGAAAACAUAAAUGUCCAAAUAUAACUUCUUUAUAAACUGUAAUUUCAUUAUUUUUUCACAAAUAGUUUUUGUUUGGGUAAACGACUAUGUAGGAACCUUUGGAGGAAAGCGCUAAGAAGGAGAGAGAGAGAGAGAGAGAGGAGAAAUGUCAUUUUGAUGGGGUUCUUUUAUACCGUGUCUCCUUUAAAAAUAUCUUCUGUUCAUGCUCAUUUGUUUAAGUCGGAUGUGCCAAUCAGAGUAAACAAAGACGGACGGACGGGAGCUGCUCAGCCGCCAUGACAGGAGGAUUUGUCCUCUACAUCCAGGUUUUCUCAGCCAAAAGAUUAUCCCUCAAUCACUUGUCGACAAAUGUGCUAAAAGAUUCCAUGAAAUAAAUCGACCCCCCUCCCCCCGUUUGUCUUGUGGUCACGCAAUACAGAUGUUCGUGGUGUGCUGUAUGUGCCAGUUGGCCAUCUCUGUACAGUCUGUCAGUGUUUGUUUUCCGGAGAGAGGGAGACGGUUGUCAGUGAAGAUAUUUAAUAAUCAAAGUCAUUAUCUGUGGAUGUGAUGAAGAAUUUAAACGGCUGACCUCAGGGCUCCUUGACUAACUGCUGUACAAUAUAUCCCCCAUUGAAAUAACACGCGUACACUAAAUGGACUUCUAUAGCCUUAUCAGGUGCUAUCCAACCACAGUACCAGUAAUAGUAGAGUUAGAUUUGUUGUCGUUAGAAGCUCAGCAACCAAGCAAUGAACGCCGAGGUCGAAUCAAGUUUUUCCCAGAUAACAUGUCAGAAAAAUGUUAAUGUUACCAGGCGCCCAAAGCAGACUUUAACCAUUUCAACAUGAUUGUGGGUUUCAGACAGUGGCUGAAGAAGGUGGAAUGCUGUGGGGCUGACGUGUCGUCUAGUUCCACAGAAGGAUGUGUGUAUGUGCAUGUAACGUUGGGUGAAAUAACGUGUGUAAAAUAAAUGGUGUACGCUGGACCAAA